AGCUGUCCCUCUGUAUUGCCGGAACAAAAAAAAUACACUUCCAAGCUAAUAUAAACUUUAAUUAAACACAUGCUUUGUAGAGGUAUCGUCGAACGUCUUUGAUCUUAAGCUUUUUUCACAAGGAGCGAGUGUUUGUGUUUUAAAUCUACUUUAAUAUAAAUUCGCGACAGGCUUAGAUUCGAACGCAUGAACAAGAAGGAGUGACACAUCUGCCACAUUUGCAAGCGGGGAUAUUGCCUGAAAACAUUAAUCAAGACAGCUGUCUACAGCCCUCAUCAUGAUUCACAGCUUGUUUCUGAUAAACAAUGCUGGCGAUUUAUUCCUGGAGAAACACUGGAAGAGUGUCGUAAGCCGCUCCGUCUGCGAUUAUUUUUUCGAAGCACGAGAGAAGGCAGUGGAACCUGACAAUGUGCCUCCUGUCAUCCGCACCCCUCAUCACUAUCUCAUAAACAUCUACCGUGAGAAGAUCUUCUUUGUUUCUGUCAUCCAAACAGAAGUGCCUCCACUCUUUGUAAUAGAAUUUCUGCAUCGAGUCGCAGAGACAUUUCAGGACUAUUUUGGAGAAUGUUCUGAGACCACUAUCAAGGACAAUAUGGUCAUAGUCUAUGAGCUCUUGGAGGAAAUGUUGGAUAACGGCUUCCCCCUCGCCACAGAAUCCAACAUCUUGAAAGAACUCAUCAGACCUCCCACAAUCCUGCGGUCGAUGGUCAACACCAUCACAGGCAGUAGUAAUGUUGGUGACACACUCCCUACUGGUCAGCUCUCCACUAUCCCAUGGAGAAGAGCAGGUGUGAAAUACACCAAUAAUGAGGCUUACUUUGAUGUGGUGGAAGAGAUCGAUGCCAUCCUGGAUAAGUCUGGAACUACAGUCUUUGCAGAAAUCCAGGGAGUUAUUGAUGCUUGUGUCAAGCUCUCUGGAAUGCCAGACCUUACGCUCUCAUUUAUGAACCCCAGGCUCCUGGACGACGUGAGUUUUCAUCCGUGCGUCCGUUAUAAGAGAUGGGAAAGUGAAAGAGUUAUCUCCUUCAUUCCCCCCGAUGGAAACUUUCAGCUCAUGUCGUAUCAUAUCAGUGCGCAAAACCUUGUAGCAAUCCCUAUAUAUGUGAAGCAGAACAUCAGUUUCUUUGAGACUGGACCUUCAGGAAGACUGGACAUCACUGUGGGUCCUAAGCAGACCAUGGGAAAGACUGUGGAGUGUUUGGUAGUGACUGUACACAUGCCCAAAGUGGUUCUCAGUGCCAGCCUCAAUGCAACUCAGGGAACCUACAACUAUGAUCCCGUCACAAAGAUUUUGGUGUGGGAUAUAGGGAAACUUAACCCCCAGAAGCUUCCCAAUCUGAAAGGAAGUCUAAGUCUGCAGUCUGGAGCUCCUAAACCAGAGGAGAACCCAAGUCUGAACAUUGACCUGAAAAUCCAGCAGUUAGCCAUCUCAGGACUGAAAGUCAAUCGUCUAGACAUGUACGGAGAGAAAUAUAAACCAUUCAAGGGUGUGAAAUAUGUGACCAAAGCUGGGAAGUUCCAGGUCAGAACAUGAGGCCAGCUGCAGAGUAUCACAAGGAUAUGCCAAAAGUUUAUUAGAGGUGCCAUUUUCUAAGUGACAAAUCAUACAGAAUUGCAACCUUGUGCACAAUCUCCCUUGCAUUUUAAAAAAAAAUAUCAGUUACAUUUGUUAUUGUAAUAUUUAUCUUUUUUGUUUUGUGGGCAAUUACUGGCAAUUUGCAAGAAGUGAAAAUCUUUCCACUGGAGAGUAUUGGGAAAGCAUUUGCUUUGGGAAUCUUUCACUUCAUAUCAACAACAUUCCAUUAAUGUAUUAGAACUGUGUUACGUUAGGUUGAAGGUACGGUAAAUCUUUGCCAGAAACACAUUACAUUAAUCACAAUACUGCUCUACAGUCUUUGAUAUUGUCACAAAACAAUACUUGAGAGUUUUUGCACAUAUUCACAGGCCUUAUUUUUUCAUUUACAUUUAUUUGCCAGUUCGGUGGCCUUUGAAUGAAAAAAAAAAUACUUUGAGGAGGCCUCACACACUCAAAUGGCCUUUCUUUAAAAGAACAGUCACGCUUAUAGCAGGACAUGUUUACAAUGAUGCAAUCUACUACACAAGCACAUCACUGCUCAGAGGUGAAUAGAAGCUGUAUCUGCUUGAGAGACAAUUUACACUUAAAGUAGUUUGCCACAUACAAGCAUUAUGGAGCCAUUAUGAGCUCAAGUGAUAAAAUCAGUUCUGUUGCACUGACCUGCAGUGAUACGGUAGAUAUGCAGGUCUGCCACCUUCCAGUGAAGCUUUGAGGAUUUGCACACAAGGACACAGAAUUGCAUUAUUUUGUAAAAUGUCAGGCAUUUUAAGAUAUGUAUUUAAACCAAAAGCCUUCAGAUUUAUAAAGUUUGCGAAAAAAAUGA